UAAAGGCACCACAUGUGGCAGAAGGCACUUGCUGAGAGUGUUUGCUCUGUUCACUACCAACGUCAUCAGCAAACCCGCAAGAGAAUAGGGGGCGAGGACCCGCGCUCCUCUCUCUCUGUGUCUGUGUCUGUCUCUCACCUGAGCGACCCCUUCAAAACCUUCCCUUCCCCAGCCAUGGCUGGCUCCCUACUCUGGGCGAACGUAUUGAUUAUCCUGUGUUUUCUAUCUUGCACAUUAGAGUUUGAAGGAAAAGAGAAGGUCGAUGAAUCUUUAGUCUUCAAUGAGGAGAUCCUCCUGCAGGAUUCUGAGAUUGAACCAAGCAACCACAACCUGAACAAGCCAGUUCCCUUGCACCGCUCUAACACAGAUGCUUGGAGGUUACCUGGCCAGUACAUAAUAGUACUGAAUGAAAAAACUCAUAAAUCCCAGAUGGAACGGACAAUACACAGACUCCAAACUAAAGCAGCCAAACAUGGCUAUAUGGUGGAACUUGUUCUUGUUUUCCAUGAGGUCUUCAGUGGCUUUGUCAUCAAAAUGAGCAGCGAUGCAUUAGACUUGGCACUGAGAUUGCCUCAUGUUAAAUAUAUCGAAGAGGACUCAUCCUUAUUUGCUCAGACAAUUCCCUGGAAUCUAAAUCGGAUUGUUUCUUCAAAGCAGAGAAUGGAACAGUAUAUCCCUCCAAAUAAUGGUGAUCUGGUAGAAGUUUACUUGCUUGACACUAGUGUACAGAGCAACCAUCGAGAGAUUGAAGGGAAAGUCUUCAUUACAGAGUUUGAGAGGGUCCCAGAGGAAGAUGGCACUCGAUUCUAUCGCCAGGCUAAUAAGUGUGACAGCCAUGGAACACACACUGCAGGAAUAGUGAAUGGGCGUGACUCUGGGGUAGCAAAAGGAGCAAAUGUCCAUAGUGUGAAAAUUCUCAAUUGUCAGGGUAGGGGGACAGUAAGUGGAGCACUGGCUGGUUUGGAGUACAUCAGGAACACUCUGAUUCUCCAGCCUUACCGACCUUUGAUCGUGCUGUUGCCUUUCGUUGGAGGAUUUAGUCCAACCUUGAAUGCUGCCUGUAGACUUUUGGCACGAACAGGUGUCGCAUUGAUUGCGGCCGCUGGGAAUUACAAGGAUGAUGCUUGCUUGUAUUCGCCUGCUUCUGAACCAGAGGUGAUUACUGUUGGUGCUACAAAUUAUAAUGACCAGCCAACCACCACUGGUAAUAUGGGAACUAAUUUCGGUCGUUGUGUUGACCUUUUUGCUCCUGGCGAUGACAUCAUUAGUGCUUCCAGUGACUGUGUGACCUGUUUCACCUCUAAGAGUGGGACCUCACAGGCUGCAGCUCAUGUAGCAGGCAUUGCAGCAAUGCUAAUGAAUGCUGACCCCAAUAUAACAGUGUCUGAAUUACGCCAGAGACUAAUUCAUUAUUCCACAAAGAAUGCAAUCAAUGAUGUCUGGUUUCCAGAGGAACAGCGACUCCUCACACCCAACAGAAUUGCACGAUUGGGUUCUCCUGAGCUAAUGGGGAACCAGCUACUCUGCCGGACAGCAUGGUCAAAGAGGUCAGGGCUUGCACACUCUGCCAAAGCCGUAGUACACUGUAAUGAGAAUGAGGAAAUGUUCAGUUGUUCAAGUUUCUCGAAGAAUGGUAAAAGAAGGGGUGAACAUAUAGAGGAAAUGAAAGGGACGAGGAAAUGCAUAGCUCAUAAUGCCUUUGGCAGUCAGGGAGUUUAUGCAGUCGCUAGGUGCUGCAUAUGGCCAAGAGCUGAAUGUCUUGUUAGUAGCAGUUCUGUGGUUGGUGUGAGACAAAUGGCAGGCUGCCUACACAAGGGCUAUGUCCUCACUGGCUGCAGCUCACACUCCCAUACAAAGUACAGCGAUACAGCAAUACCUCAAACAAACCAGCAGUGCACAGGACAAGCUGGGAUGACCUCACAUGCUACAUGUUGCCAGGCACCAAGUCUCGAAUGUGAGGUGAAGGACCAGAGAUGCACAGACUUAUCAGAGGUGACGGUAUCAUGUGAUGAAGGCUGGACACUGACUGGGUGCAAUGCAUACUCCCGUGGCGCUCACACUAAUGGAGCAUAUGCUGUGGAUAACACCUGUACAGUAAUCAGUUCAGGGAAAGGGAAAAGUGCUGCAGCUAUUGCCAUAUGCUGCCGCAAACGAAGAAGAGAAUUGAAGCAUGAUCCCAGCCUUAAUUACAAGUAAUGUUAUACUUAGCUGUCCCUUCCUCCCUUUCCUGCAGGCACAAACCCUUGCUGAGAUGCAAUUCAUUGGGAAAGGGCAGCUCUCUGUUACUUUGCUCAAGUAGCCAUACUUGUUAGAUUAGAUGGCAAGUGUUGGUUAGCUCUCUGUGUAGGCAGUUGAGUUUAAUCUUAACCUGUUUUGGCAUUUAUAUACUUUUAUAGCAACAUUCAAUGAAUAGCAAUUGAAUGUAAGAAACUGACCAUUCUUGAAACCCCUCACUCAUUCUUGAGAAAGCCACAAUGUUAGAAGACAAUAACGGUUUGAUUCAAAGAUUUUUUGGGGGGGAGGGGGGGAAAAACACUUUUUUUUGUUCAAUGCCCCAAAAACGUACUGACAGCCUAGAAAUAGUUCAAUAAAAAAGAAACAAAAUACGAAUAGUCAUGUAAUCUGUGACGGGUCAGUAAGUAUAGUGAUCCUUUUCAUUGUAAAUAUUUUUCAGCACAGGAAUAAAUCUUCACAUUUAGUGCUUUAAAGAAUACUGAAUGGAGGAAAAUGCAGUGUGUCAUUCCAAAACAUUUAUGAACCUGUCAUCCACCUCUACUGUGGGUGUAAAAAUGUCCUUUUAUUUUGUAUUUUUUUUCAAAUUCAAUACUCAAGUCUAUUUUCUUUCAAAAUCACACACACCAGCUAACAGUACAAGAUUAACUCUACCUACAGGUGCUGAAUUAGAAUAAGCAUCACAUCAGGUGGUAUUUUAUACUUUAAGAGAUUAAUGGUGGAACAGGGGAAGUAAAGAAUGAAACUAGUCCAUAGAUCUUUGGGCUGAGCAUAAUGAGCUUUGCGGUCAAAUUUCUUGCUGUUCACUGUACACACGUGCAGGAAAGGCAGCAGCUUGGAGAAGAUAUUGAAAGGUUAUCAGCAGUUCAGGACUGUAUCCCACCUCCGUCUGGUUCACUGGGGAGACAGCAAAUACACAAAGAAAGGGAAAAAUACAUUUCACCACAAGCCAACAUCAGUGACUGUAAGUUUCUGGAGUAUCUUCAUGAGCCCAAGUUGUUUCUUUAAAAAAAUAGUUCAUUCAAGGAUGUAGGUGGCACUAGCAACACCAGCAUUCAUUAUCCAUUUGUACGGCAGCAAAUUAAAAAUGGCCUCACAAGCCAGAGAGCAGGCAAGAGUAGUGCUGGAAAAGCGUAGCAUCUGAGGAGCAGGAGAAUCGACGUUUUGGGCAAGAGCACUUCAUCAGGAAUGAGACUUGUGGGCCGAGGUGGGGGGGGGGGUGGAGAGAGCUGAGAAUGCAAUAGGUGGAUGGAGGUAGGGGUAAUGGUGAUAGGUCAGAGAGGAGGGUGGAGCGGAUUGGUGGGAAGGAAGAUGGACAGGUCAUGAGGGCGGUGCUGAGUUGGAAGGUUGGAACUGGAAUAAGGUGGGUGGGAGGGGAAAUGAGGAAACUGGUGAAGUCCACAUUGAUGCAGUGUGGUUGGAUGGUCCCAACACAGAUGAUGAGACGUUCUUCCUCCAGGUGGCAGGUGGUUAGGGUGUAGCGAUGGAGGAGGCCCUAGACCUGCAUGUCCUUGGCGGAGUGGGAGGGGGAGUUGAAGUGUUCGGCUACAGGGCGAUGGGAUUGGUUGGUGCAGGUGUCCUGGAGAUUUUUUUGAAGCGCUCUGCAAGUAGGUGUUUUGUCUCUCCAGUGAAGAGGAGAUUGCAGUGGGAGCAACGGAUACAGUAAAUGUGGAAGUGCUGGUAAAACUCUGAUGGAUGUGGAAAGCUUCUUUGGGGCCUUGGAUGGAAGUGAGGGGGAGUGGGGGAUGGGGAGGAGGUGUGAGCACAGGUUUUGCAAUUCCUAUGGUGGCAGGGGAAGAAAGCGGGCAAGAAUUGAUUAACCUCAUUUCUGGAGGUCUGGUAUCACAUUUCUGAGCACCAAAAUAUCCCACUGUUCCACCGAAUUCCACUUGCUCUGAAUGUUUGUAAAUACUUUUGAGGAUGUGUGAUUACACUCUACAUUUUUGUACUGAUUUUUGUAUGCUUGACACUUUGUUAUUAAUAAAAAAAACUAAAACUU